AUGCCUUCUGCAGAGAACGGGGUCGGCGGUCACUCUGGUGGUCCUGCUUUGUGUACUUUAGACGAGUUUCUUGCUCAGGAGUAUGACUACAUCGUCGUCGGUGGUGGCACAGCUGGUCUCUGUGUCGCCGCACGACUGACAGAGAACGACAAGGUCAAAGUCGGAGUGCUUGAAGCAGGCAAGAAUUUGAUGGACGAUCCACAAAUCUCAACGCCCUCUUCAUACCCAACCUUGAUCGGUCGCGAGAAGUAUGACUGGUGUUUCGAAUCCGAGCCAGUGCCUACUGCUGGCAAUAAGACCUACUCGAUGCCUCGUGGGCGAGCACUUGGUGGGUCUUCGGCCAUAAAUUAUCUCAUGUAUGUACGGGGAUCACGGAACGAUUACGAUGGAUGGGCUAGCUUGGGUAAUAAAGGCUGGGGCUGGGAUGACAUGCUUCCAUAUUUCAAGAAACAUCAAACUCUGGAUCCUCCUGAGAAGGAAAGCCCCAACAAGCAGUUUAUGCCAGCAGCUGCUAAGGAAAAGUAUCACGGCAGUAAUGGACCGAUCCACACUUCUUUCAACGACUACUACGAGCCCUUCGAAUACGAUUUCUGCGAAGCCGCGUACGCCACCGUGGGCGGACAACGUACUCUCCACGAUGCUUGGUCGGGCGACCACAUGGGCUUCUAUUCAAGCCUCGCUGCAGUUAACAGGACCGAUGAUCCAGGAAAGCGAAGCUACUCCGCCACAGGAUAUCUGAGACCGAAUCUUCAACGGCCAAAUCUUAGAGUGCUCACAGAAGCACUGGUCGGCCGUGUACUACUCGAAGGAACGACUGCGAAGGGUGUCGAAUUCUACCACAAUGGCCAGAAAUAUCAAGCCAAAGCCUCGAAAGAGAUCAUCUUGUCCGGCGGCGUUAUAAAUUCUCCUCAAAUCCUUGAACUUUCUGGAAUCGGAGACCCAAAAGUCCUCGAAGCAGCGGGCGUCGAAUGUCUCGUCAAGAAUGAUCGGGUAGGUGCGAACUUUCAAGACCAUGUCCUGGGAGGUAUGUUGUACGACCUGAAGGAUGGCAUCAACAGUCUCGAUGCUUUGCACGGAGAAGAGUAUCAAGCCGCCAUGCAAGAAAUGUACAACAAAACGAACAACGGUCCUCUCGGGUCUCCUGGUAUGCUGAUGGGUUUCGUAUCUUACGCAUCUUUGGUCGAUCAACACACUUUGAACCAGACAAUCGCGGAUAUCCGACAGAACUCUCUGGCCAAAACGGACUUUGAAAAGCGACAGGAAGAUGUCAUCGUUCGUCAACUUUCCGAUCCGACGUUUGCGAAUCUUCAGAUUUUCUGCAUUGGCGCCCAACUCGAUGUCAGUAGAGGUGAUAGUCAGAUUGCAUUCUUCGCAGCACCACCGAAAGGCAAACAACGCGUCUCCAUGCUCGUAUGCUCCGAACACCCCCUCUCACGCGGAACCGUGCACAUCACCAGCCCCGAUCCCACCAAACACCCGCGAAUCGACCCAGGCUAUUUCCGCAACCCGGCCGACGCCAAAAUCCUCGCGGAAGGCAUCAAGUGGAUGGAUAAAGUGGUCAAACAGCCUGUGAUGGCGAAGAGCUUGGGAGAGAGGAUUUUGCCGCCGCAGGACGCGAAGAUCGAGACGGAAGAGGAACGGAUCGAGUAUGUGAGGAACCAUAUUUCCACACAGUAUCAUUUGAUUGGAACUUGUACGAUGGGUGAGGUUGUGGAUGAUACGUUGAAGGUUAAGGGGGUGAAUGGGUUGCGUGUUAUCGAUGCUUCGGUCUUCCCUGGCCAUGUUUCUGGGAAUAUCAUGAGUACGACUUAUGCUGUUGCGGAAAAGGGGGCUGAUCUUGUCAAAGCGGAUGAUGAGCGCUUUCGUUGAGAUGGAGGAGAUGAACUUCAGAUGAUGAUUGCACAAGGCAAAUUUUGCAUGUAUUCUCGUCAUCGGUACAGGUAAUUGUUGAUAAACUUGUUCCCAUAAUAGUCCAUUUCUUCAUCAC